AUUCAAAUAGUAAACAUUUCUUAGCUCGACCUGUAAAUUUACUACCAAGAAAAUCAAUUCGGUCUUCUGUUAAUUGUUAUUGCGAUAAAUGUAAUAGUAAAAAGGUUGAUUCUUGUACUAGAGAUUUGCAUAGUAUUUCUCUAAACAAAAUAAAUUUUGUUAAGCAAGUUAGCAGUAUCUGUGCUAAAUCUCCAACCAGUCAUAUCGAAUCUUUAACUAGUCUCAUUGAAUCUUCAAUUAAUCAUGCCGAGUGUUCAACUAAUAAUAUUGAAUCUUUAACUAAUUGUAUUGAAUCUUUAGCUAGUUGUAUUAAUCAAUCUCAAUCUUCUAAAAAAC